UAUCAACAACAACAACAACAACAACAACAAAAACAAUCAUCAUUAUCGUCAUCAUCAUCAUCAUCAUCACAGAAUGGAUCGAAUAGCGCCGCCUCUGGAUCGAUUAUGGCACUAACUUCAUCAUCUUUAUCGACAUCUUUAUCGACAUCGACAUCGACAACAGCAACAACAACAGGAAAUGUAGCCACAUCAUUAUCAUUACCACUGCUCAUUACGCCUCCACCAUUAUCAUUAUCAUCAUCAACGACGAUGGUUAACAUAACAGCAACAAAAACAAAAACAAAAACAACAACAACAACAUCGACGACUAUGAUGAAUCAUUGCACCAAUUCUAGUUCAUUAAUAAAUCCAAAUCAUCAUCAUCAUCAUCAUCAUCAUCAACAACAACAACAACGUCAAUAUUUAAAUCAUAAUCGUUUGAAUAACCUUGAUUUAUUGAAUGAUUCUAAUAAUAAAAAACAUUCGAAAACGAAAACAACACAGACCACUAUAGCUUCCGAUAUGAAUCGUACAAUAUUAAAACUUAACAAUACUACUACUAGUAGUAGUGGUGGUAAUAUUGGUAGUAGCAAUGAUGGUGCUGAUAUAAGUAAACGAUCAACAUCCGAUUUAUCACCAUCAUCUUUAUCAUCAUCAUCAUCGAUGUCAUCAUCAUCAUCAUCAUCAUCAUCAUCAUCAUCAUCAUCGUCUAGUUCAUCAACAAAUUCUUCACCAAUACAUCGAACGUCUAGGUCAUCAUUGUUGACAACAUCUUCGUUGAUUACGACGACAACAACAACAACAACGACGACGAUGACGACGACAACAACAAUGACAUCAUCAUCAAGAUGUUCAUUAUCAACACAGACGAAUACGAUGACGAUGAUGACUAAAAUGAUUCAAUCAAAUGAUCUCAAUCAACAGAAACAAAAAUCAAAUAAUCGAAAACAACAAAUGUCUGAUUCAAGUUUUAUUCGAUUCGUGAAUUAAAUUGCUAAUUAGUGCGUGAUAAGUGGUUGUUUAUUACAUCAUCAUCAUCAUCAUUUAUU